AUGGUCUCGGCCAAAGGACACAUCCAUUCCGAGAACGUACCUGCAAUCGCUUCGGCAGACAAGCACAAACCCAUCUUCCCCCUCAUGAUCGCCAACGAUGGCUUCUCCGAAGUGGGAGAGGAAAAACGAGCUUCGGCAACCUGUUUCUGUGGCAACAUCCAGCUUUCAUUUCCCACUGUCGGGCCUGGCUUCCACGGCACCUUCGUGUGCCAUUGCACCGAUUGCCGCACCGUGACUGCCUCCAUGUUCGCAACCAACUUCACCGUCGCUCUCUCUCACAUGGAAUUCGUCCGUGGCAAGUCAUGCCUCAAGCAGUACGCCCAAUCUACCACCAUUGCCACUGGAAACACAAUGACCAACUCCUUCUGCUCCAAUUGCGGAACACUCAUGUACAGAGCCUCCAGCGGAUUUCCCCAUCUCGUCUACAUGAGGGUCGGCACCGUCGACGACUUUGCAAUACACGAGACGCGGCUCAAGCCCACCGUCGAGAUCUUUUGCCAAGAUCGCGUUGCCUGGCUCGAGCCCAUCGCAGGGACUAGGCAAGCUUUCGGAAAUCCGCUGACUCGCCGUGCAUCAAAGCUGUAA